CUUCCGAUUUAUCGGAACGUGCACUUGUCGCAGUAAACAAUCGUAUGGUGUGUACGUUUCGGAGACACUUCUGACUUAUUGUAGGUGUAUUUCUAUCAACACCUGUAUCCUAAAAGACACCUUUAUCAUGGGGUCGUCGAAAAAACACAAGGAAAAGGAUAAGGAAAGGGAACACAAGCAUAAACGAAAGCGUCGAUCUCGGUCACGAUCGAAGGAAAGGCGCAGCAGACGAAAGGACAGAGAAGAAAGACGAGGAAAAGAGGAACCCCAGGAUAAACCCCGCAUAGCUGAACCAGUUGAACCAGAAGGUCAACAUGCAUCAGCCUCUGGUGGUGGUGAAACAUCACUCAGUAUUGACGAAACGAACCGAAUUCGUGCCAAGUUGGGGUUGAAGCCAUUAGAUGUUCCAGGAUCCAGUAAUAAUGCAGAGGCAGGUGGAGAGGAGGGUGAAAAGCCGAAGGAGAAGGAAGACGUUCAUGCUCCACCUGUUAAUUGGGGGGAGCAGAAGAAGACAGAAGCUCUGCGAGAGAAAAUGGCAAUACUUAAGCAAAAACGACUCAUGAACAAGAAGCUUCGGAAAGUGAAAGGACUCGGUGACAGUGAUACUGACACAGAUGACAUGUCCAAGUGGGUCAAGCGGUCCAGGAAAAUGGAAAAGGAGAAAGUUUUGGCUGAUAAAAGAGCCAAGCUUCUGGAAGAGAUGGAUGAGGAGUUCGGCAUCAGUGACCUUAUGGACCAGGAGUUCAAGGACAAGAAGAAGGAUUACUCAGCCCGAGACCUGCAGGGGUUGACGGUCCAACAUGAGAUUGAUAAAUUCAGUGAUGGUCGUGGAGUUAUUCUCACACUUAAGGAUAAAGGUAUUCUGGAUAAGGAUGAGGAUGACGUGUUGAUCAAUGUGAACAUGGUUGAUGACGAGGUUGCUGAGAAGAAUGUGGACAACAAGAAGAAGAAGCCGGAGUAUAAGCCGUAUGAUGAGCCUGAGUACGACGAAUAUGGCAUGCUGAAGCCCAAUAGCAUUCUUGACAAGUACGAUGAAGAUAUUGAUGGAAAUAAAAAGGUUAAGAAGUCCUUCACACUUGGUUCCGGAGGCAAGUAUGACGCAGAUGAAGAUCGAGAAAUGGAGAGGAUUCGUACAGAGCUCAGACAGCAAGGGCAAACAUUAGCAAUGCCAGCCCUUACACUAGCCAGUGAAUACUACACUGCAGAGGAAGCGGCUGCCAAGUUCAAGAAGGUCAAGAAGAAGGUGAGGAAGAUCAGGAAGAAAACAUCCCUGAAGGCGGAUGACUUGCUCAACAUAGCCGCAGACCAGGUUACCAGAGAAGACUACGGGUCAAGAUCUCGAGGCCGGGGACAUGUGGUAGCACCCCCUGAAGACAUGGAGGAGGGCGAGAAUAUUGAUCAGGUGCCAGAGGUCAUUGAUUAUGGGCAUGGUGACCCUAACAUCAUCGACUACGGUCACGGCAUCAAGGCCGAACCUGAAGUGAAGACAGAGCCUGAAACUGAGCCUAGUGGAAGAAUUACACUGGAUCCUGGUGUACUGAGUUCUUUAAAAGUCAAGGUGGAGGAAGAUAUGGAUGUUAUUGGCCCAGAUGAGGAUCUGACUGGUGUCCCUGUGGAUGAUGAUGAGGUAGAGAAUGAACUACACUCAGCUCUCAGUAAGGCCAGAAAACUGAAACUGAAGAAGGCUCCCCGUGUUUCAGAACAGGUUGUGGAGAGAGUCAUGUCUCUACAGAAUCCAGAAACAGACGAGAAUGCUAAGGGGUCACAGAUAGUGCUGAAUUCCAUAUCCGAGUUUUGUCGUAACCUGGGAGAGAUACCGACUUAUGGCUUGUCUGGGAACCGAGAGGAGGACAGAGAGGAGAUCAUGGAUGUAGAACUUGAGCUGAUGGAGCAGAAGCGUCGCCAGGAGGAGAUCGAGGAAGCUGCCAGUGGUUGGAAUGAAGUGGACAUAGACACACAACCAGUGGAUAUUACGGGAGAAGAACAGGCCGUCCUUGAAGAAGAACCUAUUGUCACUGAUGGAGUUGGUGCUGCCCUGGCUCUGGCCAUGAAGAAAGGUUACCUGGAGAAGGAGGUCAUCAAAAACGUGAGCGCUCCGGAACACAGCAACCUGGGUGCCAUGUACUACUCCAUUGAAGACAAGCGAUACGAUGAUCUUGAUGAGAAGUAUCGGAAGAGGGACCGUUACGGUGGUGGUGUGAUCUCCGAUUUCCGUGACAAGGACGGCUAUAAGCCUGAUGUGAAGCUGGAGUAUGUAGAUGAGUCUGGACGUUGUCUCAACCCCAAGGAAGCCUUCAGGCAGCUGUCCCAUCGCUUCCACGGCAAGGGAUCCGGGAAGAAGAAACAGGAGAAAAGGAUGAAGAAGCUGGAGGAAGAACAGUUGAUGAAGAUGAUGAGUUCCACCGACACGCCCCUCAACACCUUGUCCUUGCUGCAGGAGAAACAGAAAGCUGAGAAAUCACCAUUUGUGGUGCUCAGUGGCAACAAGGGAUUCACAGCGAACACAACAAGCAUUGCAAAGCCCUGAUGACUACACAAGCUGUUAUGGAGUAGGAGAUGGCCUUUGUUGGCGCUGCUGGAACUCUUGUGUUCUAAUUAAGUUCAAGGAACCAGUGAACGAGAGACUUCUUGUACAUUUCAGUCCGAUAAAGGAUCACUGGAACAGUGAAAGUCUCUUUGUAACUGAUUCCUGGAAGU